UCAACGGAUGUAAGUUGUCUAGACGUCAACCCGCUUCAUACCCAAACCCGCUCGGAUAUACUGGGGUACUUACACUUAAGGGAGAGAUAAGUCCCCUCCACCCCCCGCUCUCGAACUCUUUCUGGACGCUAAAAUGGCGACUUCUGCUCACCUUUUCAAUCACGUUCAAAUCAAAGGAUGGCCGGCACUGUUAUCUAAUCGAGGAAAUUUCCAUAUUUCUGAACACUUCAGGAGCCUAACCAAAAGAAAGUCAAAUCGGGUUUCACAACUUGCUCGAUGUAGCUCGUGUUUUAUGAAAGUUGUGGCUUUCCCCAGCAAUGAAUUGUCACAAAUAGAUGCAUCUCUUUCAGGAGAGCCAUCUGAUAUACACACAGUUGCAGAACUUCUCAAGAUCAGCAUACCAGAGACGUCAUCAUCGAAUGCUGCUAUAGAUUUUAUGCAGAGAUUGAUAUUAGCCGACUUGGACCCCGCUUCUGCAAAACUCGCCAUUGCAUUUCUAGGCCCCUUUCUUCCAGCAUUUGGCUUUCUGUUCAUUUUGAGAAUAGUGAUGUCCUGGUAUCCAAAGCUUCCUGUUGGAAAGUUCCCUUAUGUAAUAGCCUAUGCUCCCACUGAGCCACUUCUCAUCCCUACCCGAAAGCUGAUACCACCCCUUGGCGGAGUUGAUGUAACUCCUGUGGUCUGGUUCGGAUUGAUCAGUUUUCUUAAUGAAAUAUUGGUGGGCCCACAAGGGCUUCUUGUCCUUCUUUCUCAACAAGUUAGCUAACAUUUUUGAAAGAUGUAGGAAUGAAGAAUGCUUGUAUAUUGAAAUACUUUUCUCUGCUGUGAAAUGAGCGAGUUUUUCACCUUUUGGAAUACAGUACUAGGAAGUGUUUUUUUGUUUCUUAUCCAUUUAUACGUACUCUAGUGGUUUCCAAUGUUGGGUUUAAAUUGUACUGUAAUAAACCAUUUUGUAAAUCAAAUACUUUAUACUUUUUAAUUA